CACUCAGUAGGCUUGGGUACAGCUGGCGAUAAAGAGGUGCUUUUCAUUUCGGCUCCAGUUGAUUCGUGCUGCGGUCGCGAAUGACCGUCGUGACAUGCUGCUAGUCCACGUGCACUAACGACACUACUACCUGACUCAAACGGCCUGUUGCCAGCGUGCAGGUGAAGCCGCUCUAUGCCUACCGUGCUCGUCGGAAACGGGCAACGAUAAGCUCGGUGCAGUGAGGUGAUUUAAAUCACAUGGAUUGCAAUGUGCCGUUGAAAGUGCCGUUGGGCUAAUGGUCGGGCGAGAUGGGAUCGAAUCUGAACGUGUUCUAGUCUACUCGCUAGCUUUGCAGUGGCCGGAAGGAAGGCAGAAAGGACAUACGCAAAAAUGGGGGCAUGCACCCCCCGCGGACUACAGAUCAUCCAAUCGUCGAUCCAGCCGUGCAAAGCCUCCAACAUAACUUAUCCAGCACAGUGCCAGCAGUGACGGGCUGCGCCACAACGGGACGGAGAAGCAAUAGUUCGCCCAGGAGUCUGGGCGCAACAGCCAACGGUCGCUGAUCGACGGUUUCGCACUCCAUUGCACAGCAACGUUCGGUUGCUAGAGUGAAUGCUUAUGUGCUAUCGGAGUAGUGCGUCUUAGUGCAGUGUGUUUGUGUAUUUAAAUAGCUGAGUGUGCGUGCGUGUGUGUGUGUGUGUGUGCAGGGGCGUGUUUGUGUGCCUCUUCGUGAUUGCGCGCGAGCGUGUGUUGUGUAUAUAUGUGUGUAUGUGUGAGCACUGUGUGUGUGUGCAUAGGCCGUUGGGGGGGAACAGGCGCUUGCACCUUCGACUCGGGACUCGCCGGUUCCAGCGCUACUUAGUUGGGUGAUCGCCAGUUAGCGGGCUUCAGCCUCAUAGCCCUUGCCAACUGAUUCAAGGAGCUAAUUACCCGUUCGCUAGCUGUAGCUCGCUAGAAUCGCAAACCAAACCGACAACCUCCACAACGAUUGCGCCGCUCCUCAGUCAGCCACACAGUCACAGCCGUAGCCGUCAUACGCCGCCCUUAUCGUCAACACCAUCAUCAUCAGUAUUAUUAUUUACUACUGGCUACUACUAUCAACGUGAAACACGCCCACGAUCAACGAUCAACUAAACGAUGCAUCUCAGGCGGCGUCUCGCUAGUUUGGCUUGCAUCCUGCAGUUACUAUGUCUGGCACCGUGCGCCGCCUCUAUACUGACACAGGGAGUCCGGGAAAGACCUCCCCCACAACAGCGCACCGUACGUCGGACUAAUGGGGUGGUGGUGGCCGAGCGGUCGAACGCAAUCGACCCUCCGUUGGAUUUGCCACCACAGCAGUCGCCAAAACAAUCCAAUCCGUCGCAAUCACAGCUGCAGCUCAAAUACUACGAUGUGGUGCAGGUGGACGUGGUGCAGGGUGCGACGGGUGAAGCGGACGCGGCCCUAACACUGCUCACGUCCGGGGCCGGUGAAGGCAAGGGUAGUACCGCCCGGCCGGAUAUGGCCGGUAAGCCCGGUCCGGACGCGGCCAAAACGCUGGCCGACCAGGUGGCCGAGGGUAAGUACGGGCUGAUCCAUCGCGAGCUGUUCCAGCAACGACCGCAGCGCUUUGGCGUGCUAAGCUACAGGCGCAACGAGGAGGUGCCGCUGGACGACGAGCAGAACUAUGGCGGGCUGCAGCCGGAGGAGAUUUGGCUGGCCGAAGACCAUCUGCUCGUGCUGAAGGGCGGCUCGAUCAACUUCAACGCUGAUGGCAGAGCCAGUAGCAACCGAUCGUCGUCGUCGUCAUCGUCGUCGUUGUCAGACGGCGGUGCCUGGAAGCCGAUCGAUGAUUACCGGGCACCGGACCGGCAGGUCCAGAUACCGCUCAAUCCAUCGGUACCGCCUCCCUUUCCCGUACAGCUCCGAGAGAACGGACCGAUUGAGUUUAUCCGAAGUCAUCAGGCAGCGGCAUUUAAUCCGUUUACUAACGAGUCGGCGUUUCUCUUCACCAACAAAGCGUUCCCGGUCAUACGGCCAGAAGAUUUCGGCGGGCAGAAUAUACUUGCCCGGCCAGCGGCGCUCAAUCAUACUGGCCAGCACAACGGACUCCAGUACCCGGCACCGGUUCACCCGCCCCCCCUCAGCGAAAAUCGCACUUACUCGAACCCGUUCCUGAAGCUGCCCCCGCUGGGCCUGCCGGACGACGUCCAGCAAAAUCUGACGGUAGGAGGGCGCGAUGAGGAUGACGAUCCGUCGCUCUACUAUCCGCCACCGUACUCGUUCGAGUACAAGAGCAACUACACGAACCCGGUACCACCGGGACCGCUAGUGCCCGGUAUCAUUCUGCCACCACCGCCAAACUUCUUCAUCCUGAAGCCAACCGAACCAGUUAAGAGCGAGCAGGAGAAGCAGCAGCAGCAGCAGCAGCAGCAGCAGGAGGAGCAGCAGCAAAAACAUGAGGCAAAGGAAGCAAAGACUAGUGCGAAUGCAAUGAAAUACAAAGACCGCCAGAAGGGUGCGGUCUCGUCACCGGUCGAGAUCCAGAAGGCGGUACUCAAGUCGUUCGUACCGAUGAUCGAGCUGUAUGGCGGCGUUGGGGCGGGAGUUACGGUGCCACUCCGCAAACCAGCCGCCAACAAGCGACUGCGAGGAAAGCCCACCGUUCCGGCACUUGCAGGACGGCCGCCGCCGACAACCGUGUCACUGCCGCCAGCAGUACCAACGACGACACCAACCGUACCGGUGUCGACGAAACUGCACAAGAUAGCACCGGAGGUGCGGCCGGAUGUGGUGGCCGGUCCGGUAGCGGGCAAACCGGCACCGCAUCCCAUCUACGCCGAGUACUUUAACAUCAAAUCGUCGACACCGGCGGCGUCCUGGGGUGAUACGAGCUACUCCACGACACCGUCGCGCACGUACCUGCCGUCCAAGGGCCAGGAGGGUCGCGGUCACGAGCAUCAGCAGCAGCAGCAGCACCAUGAAGAGUUGGUGCGAACGUACGGCUAUAGCCCGAUCGAGCAGUUCCACCGUGAGGUCAACACGAUCCGGCAAACGCUGCAGAUCUACGAGAAGGCGAACAAACUUGCGAAAGCGACGAGAACGUCUAAGGCGCACCACCACCACCACCACCACCAGCAGCCGGCACACCACGGCACACCCGCCCUGUACCAGAAGCACCGAGGGCAAAACGAGGAGCACGAUGUGUCCGGUGGCCGAAAUCUGUCCCUUAACUUCGGCAGAGAUCAGCUGUACCAAGCGUUCUAUUCUGACGUUGUUGUACCAUCCGGUGGUCCGAUCGUUGCCUCCUACAAAGCGUACGCUGCUAGUGGUGAUGAAGGGAACGGCACACCGGGUGCUGCGGAGUAUGGUGGAUACUAUUCCGCUCCGGAAACUUCCGCCUAUCAAGUGUACAAACCGACGAACGUUCAUGAGCUACCGCAUGGGUACAUUGUGACGACGGGUGAAGCGGCAGCGGCGGCACCGCUACGAUCGGUGGUCUUCCCGCGGCCAUACCAUAGCUACAAUCAGCCACAGUACUACCACCAGCGGCACCGCCAGCUGACGCCGGACGCCAACAGCAACUACCACGGACAGCUACCGGACAUCCAGCAGCAGCAGCAGCAACCGCAGCAGUUGUCCUACAUAGCGCCGGUCAUCCUAAAUAAUGGUGCCAGCGGUUACAACCGUUUGCCGGAGCAUCACGGGGGUACGACGACGAAAUCCUACCUCAUCCUGGAUCAUCGAAUGUCGGAGCGAUUGCGCCAGCGGCAGCAGCUGCAGCAACAGCAGCAACAGCAGCAGCAGCAGCACCUGCAGAUUGCUCAGCAACCGUACCUCCGCUACCGUCACAGGGCACCCGGGGGCCGUGGGGACGCGGGCUACGAACAUGGUGGCAUCGUGGCGGAAGGUGAGCAGGAUCUACCGGCGGGCAAUCGUUACCUCGAGGGUGACAUCCUGGUUAACUAUAAGCACCCACUACCGACACUGAACCCGGACAGCGAAUACUUGCCGUACCAGCCGCACCAUCCGCACCAGAGGCUGCAGAUCCGGAAGCGCCAGAACGCUGCCGAGCUCACCCCAUCCUUCUUCUCCUCCGCAACCCAGCCGGCUAUAUAUAGUCACUCCGGUAGGUAGGUAGGUAGAUAGGUAGGUAGUUAGGUUAAUUACGAGUUAAGUGUGCAGCUAGCUAGGAUCAACAAACUAGUAUUCCUGGAGGCGCUCGUGAGUGAUUACAGGUCUCACGGGAAGAAGGGGCAGGUGAGAAGAGGGGGGAACGUUUAAUAGUAGA